AUGAAUAUCUUAGCAAAUAUUUAUGCAGAAUCGAAUGAUCCUGAUGAAAGAGAUAAAGGAAAAGAUUCUUUGAAAAAAGUUAAACAACAUAAUGCACAUGAUACUGAUUCAUGGAUUCAAUUAGCAGAAAUUCUUGAAGGCGUCGAUUUACAAGAUAUGGAGACGGUUUAUUUAUGUGUGAGAAAUGUUUCAUUGAAU